UGAAAAGACGCUGGGAAGCACGACGCACACGCAGCACUCGCCGCUGAAAAUUUGCGCGCACGUGCAGGGCGGGUACCACCUGGGAGGAUAUAAAGGAGCCAGCAGCUGAGAAGAGCUGCGUGUGCUUCUUGUCCUGCCGCUGCCGCUGUUCUCAAUGGACGCCUCUCCCUCCUCCUUCCCCUUCAACGGCUAUCUCGCCGACAACCUCCAGCUGUCCUACCAGAAGAUCCUCGACCUCGAGAAGAAGAACCACGACUUGAACCAGCUCAUCAACCUGCAAAUCACCAGCUACUUCUCUGCUUCCUCCCUCUCCUCCCAUCCUCCCGAUCCUUCUUCUGACCUGCCUCGCGUCGCUAACACCUCAAUUGCAGACCUCAACGACUCAAUCCGCUCCAACUUGUCCAUAACUUACCACUACAACCUCAAGCUAUUGGAGGCCUACUACGACUUCAUCAAGUACUGUCUUCGUGGCAACUCCUCUUCCCUCUCUCUUCAGUCUGACUUCCUCAACUCCAGCACAAACCCUCCCGCUGACAGCUCCAACUCCAACUCCAACUCCAACACUGCUGCUAACAACGACACCCAGUUUGAAAAUGUCAAAAACAUCUUGGCCGUCAACUACGGCUACCAGCUAUUGCAUAUCUACAAAAUCUCCAGAAGGUUGUGGAUUUACGGCAUCAUCAAUUUCCUAGAAAUCAUCAAAAAUAUCUUCAGUUUGCCUUACUUGAACUCAAACAACAUCAACACCACCACCAACACCACCACCAACAACAAUAACAACAACAAUAACAACAACAAUAACAACAACGAUGCCGCUGCUUCAAACAACGUCUCUUCAAACAACCUCUAUGCCGUUUCAAACCCUCUAUCUCUCAAUAUUUCAGAAAACAUCUCUUCAAACAAUAACGCCAGUCAAAUCCCCCCUUUAAAUAACGAGUCAGAGACUGAAAUCUGUGCCAAUUUUAUCACCUACUGCUUUUCCUUGCUUUCAAUCCUUGUAGAACUAAACAAUAACUUGUCUCUAGAACUAUCAAACUACUUUUCUACAAACUCUAAAAUCAAAUCAAUUGACAUAUACAACAACCAUCUAAUCAAAAAAUUCAACAACUACUACUACUACCUUAACAACAUCUCUUCCUCAAAUCCAAAUUUGCCCUCUUCCUUCAACCAGCUAGAUAUCAAUCCUCCCGAUAUCAACAACCAAACCCUCAACCUCAUCUCUGAUUUCCAAAAUUGGUGGUACGAAAAAAUCGCUGAUUUGUCCAGAAUGUCCAUAGCCUUAUUUCCCUCUUCCUACAUUGAAUGGAGAAUUUCCUCUGAAUAUUGGUACUUGAAAACAAUCUCAAGAUCCUACGGCCAUGGCAAAAUCUACUACCAUCUAGCCACCGUCCAACAACCAACAAACUACAACAACUCUUCUUCAACCUCAACAUCCAAUAACCCCAAUAAUCUCACCUCAAUCAACCCAAACAACCCUCUGCAAAAUAUACAAAACAUAAAUACAAUCACAAAUCUAAACAACCUAAACAACCUAAACAACUUGAACAACUUGAACAACUUGAACCAGAACAAUCUGCCUUUUCAAUUCGACCCUUCAAACUAUAACUAUAACAACAAAAACCUAAACUUAAACCUCGAAAGCUUGGUCAAUCUUGGAAAAUCCGUUUUUGUUAAAGACUGUUUUGUCCCCACUGGCCAAUAUCUAAGAAUGGUCUUAGACAAUAUUUUCAACCAAUGCAAAAUUUCUAUUCCAAUCAACAACUCAAGCAAUAUCCCUCCCAACACCACAACCACCAACACCACCUCUGCUCAAUUAAAUAACUAUGGCUUGCCAAAUCUAAUCCCAAAUAACUCAACAAGCUCAAACAAUUUCAAUGACUACUCCUACGCUUCUUCUUUGCUAAACAACAACAUCACUACUAUGAAUAACUCAAACGAUAUCAUAAAUUGGGAGCUCAUAAUUCUAGACUACAUCAAAAUCAAUAAAAUCCUACUCGUUAAUAAUUUCGACUCAAAUGAUAACUUGGUGAAUAUUGUCUCCACCUUUGCCUUGAACUUCGGUUGCAUAGAUCUUGCUCCAAUAACUUCUCAACAACAACAACAAAAUUUAUACUACAACUCUUCAACAAACACCUCUCCCACAAACUCAAAUGUCCCCCUUACCAACAUAAACAACACUCAAAACUCUUUAAGUCCUAACAAUAAUCAGCAAAAUAACUCUUCUUUAAUAACAACAAAAAUAUCUUUUUUUGAUAGAAAUGUCGGAAAUUCAAGCUCUAUCUUGAUCACGAACCCGUCUCACGAAUUGUUAAAUUUUUGGUUUAAUAAAAGUGGCAAUCUAGCUUUGAUCAACAUCUGGCAAAUUGUAGGCUUUGGCGUUUUGAAUUUCAAAUCUCUAUUUAGUAUUUUAUUUGAAUUGCCAAUCGCGCUUAAAGAAAGAAAAGAAAGAAAGGAUAAUAAAAAAAACAGAAAACUAUUGCAGCAGCAGCAACAACAACAACAACAGCAACAACAGCAACAAAACCAAAAUCAAUCCGAAAAUGAUAAUAUUCCUCCUCAAAGUAGAAACUCUUCUGUAUCCCAAAAUCAAAACGAUUCCCAACAAAACACUUCCAAAUCUUUGCAGGACGAUACUUAUCCCAUAGCCUCUCAAUUAUCAGAUCUAAAAUGGUAUGAAUCCCUACAGUUUAUUAACAAAUCUUCUAUCGAAUUAUCUUUCUCAAUGCUAAAAAAAUUCUUCAAUGGUCCUUAUAAAUCUGUAUCAACUCCUCAUGUAAUUGUCUGGCUCUACUUUCUAAUCUCAAUUGGCAAGGCUCUAGAAAAGUACCCAAAAGCUGAACCGGUUUUAUUGGGCAUCAUAUUAAAAAGAUUCUUUCCCUGGAAUAGUUUAAUAAAUUAUUUGAAUUAUUGGGUUAGUGAAGCCAGAGACAAUUUUGACUUGGAUAUUUUAUCACUUGGUUUCAAAUUAAACGACCUAUUGAAAUCAGAAAAUAAUUUAACUGAUGAUAUCAUUAAUCUCAACUUAAAUAAGGAAGAAAAAAGAUUACUAGUCUCUGAAAAUUUAAUCAAUAAAAUUAAAUCAUUUUAUAAAAUGGGGUUUGAUGGUUAUUUAGAUCAUUUUAAUCAAAAUGAAAGCUUAAUUGAAGUUUGGAAAUGUUGGGGUUCUUUAUGGUACAAUUUCAUUGAUGAGAAACAAAAUUACUUAAAUUUGGAAUUAGCUGGCUGGAAAGGUAAAGAUAUUUUAUCAGAUUUCUCAAUGGAUGGCGAAAAAUUAUAUCAAGGUAAUGUCAAAAUUUUCGAAUACAAUUCCAACCCCAAUUCAACUAAAUACAGAGAAAACGUCCAAAGAACAAAUAACACAAACUAUAAUUAUUUUAAAAAUUUGUUCAGCGAAGAUGAGUCUGGAGAUAGAACUAAUAACAAAAUUUCAAGCGCUCUAGACAAAUUGCAAAUAAUGCUAAAUUAUAUUAAUAACAAUAGAGUGGAUAAACAUAAUAUUUCCAAUAAUAAAUUUAUUGAAAUUGAGAAAGAAGAAAUAACUGAUUUUCGAAAUAAAACCCAAUUUAAUAAGCUAGAAAAAGAAAGAAUUUUAAGAAUAAUUUUGUUGGCAUUUUAUAUUGAGGAAAAGUUUCCUAAUUUUGGAUUAAAAUUAAACCACAGAAGGUUUACUUAUGAUAGACAAGCUGCCAAUUUUUCCACUGUAACUAAUAGGCAAAACCCUUCUGCAACAGCUAAUACUGCUAAUUCCUCCUCGUUUAAAGCAAAAUCGGUGAAUAUUCCUCUUGCCACCGAAGAUGAAGUUAAAAGAAAAAACACUUUAAUUUUUGAAUUUGUUACAAACAGCAGAAUUACUCAUCUACAAGAAGAUAUUAGCUCCAAGAACUUUUACAAUUCAGAAAAUGAUUACGGAUUUAAUAUAGACGUCUUUUUGAUGUCUGAUCGCAAUUAUGAAUUUUAUAUGGAGCAAUUAAAAUUGAGUCAAAAGGAGGAUGCCAGCGAAAACUCAAAUAUUAAUUUUAAUCCUAAACCAGCACUUGAUGGCAGUAUUUACGAAAAUAAUUAUGAUAGCCAGAUAAAGAACUCACCAUCGAUUUCUAGUGAUAUUGAACUACAUUCUCAGUAUGGAACAGCAAUUUCAGAGGUUGAAAGUAAUAACUCAGAUAACAAUGAUAUUGAGAGCAAUUAUUUGGGCUAUAAUAAUGAUAUUAGAGAUCAUAACAAUAAUAAUAAAAAUAAUAUUAAUUCAGAAAAUAAUAAUUUUUCAAUAAAUUCCAAUUUAGUGGGAUUGGAUAAAUUAACGAAUGAUAAUUCACCAUUAGUUAGAACGCUAAAUAUGCUGAAGAAGCCAAUUAUAGCAGGAUUUAAAGGAAAUAUAUCUAGUGAUAUUGAUACAGCAAUAACGUUUAUAACUUUUGAUACCAACUGUUGGAUUAAAAAUUGUGGAAAAAUUUAUAAAAUUUUUAAAAGUUGCACAUUAAGUAGAGGCGGGAUAGGUGGAAAUAAAUUUAUAAAGUUAUUAACUAUUGAUGCACCACAAGAAAAAAUACAUAAAAAGAGAAAAUUAAAGUUAAAAAUAUGUUUACCAUUAGUUGUUUAUCAGGAGUUAAGAUCAUUGAGAAAAUCACAGGAUGGAUUUUUAUCAGAUUCGGCAACUAGAUGUGUAAUAACAAUUAAAAACCUAUGGAACGAUAAUGAACUUUAUUUGAAUAAAACUGGAUUCUAUGACAAUCAAGAAAGUAUUAACAAUGGGCUUAACCAGUUUGACGAGCGACUAUUGUUUUAUCUAUCAAAAGUAGAUGGAACUAGAGCCAAAAGCUUAAGUGAGAACCAAGAUGCUAACAUUGAAAGCAUACUAAGUCUAAGUGGGAACAAUUACACUUCAUUUACAAAGCCUAUUGAUGAUUUAAUUUUGAAUGGGUUGUUAAAAAAUAACGAGAUAAUAAGGCGUUAUUAUUUUAGUAAGUGUCAAACACUUGGAGGUAAUAACAGUAAUAGUGAGAUUGCAAACGAAGGCAAUGGAAAUAAUAGUAAUAGUACUACCUCCAAUAAUAAUAAUAAUAAUAAUAAUAAUAAUAAUAAUAAUAAUAAUAAUAAUAAUGGCAAUGAAACUGGAAAUGGAGGAGUUGUAUUUAAAGUGGAUUCAGAUACUGAAGAAGAAUACUAUAAUUAUAUUGAUAAGAAUGGAAAUUAUCAACAUAUUAAAGAGAAAGAUGUAACGCACAGUAUUGAAGCUGAAAAUAGAUUGAGCAACAAAAGUUCUAAAGAUGAAGACGAUAGAUUUUUUUCUGUGCAUGAUAUUAGUACAUUUAAAUUUAAUAUAUUGAUAUCUGAUGAUCGAAAUUUGAGAUUGCGAACCAGAUCAUUAGGAAUGAAUGCGUAUCAAAGUAAAUGGCUAUUUUACAAUUUAGAGAAAACUAAUAUGGAAAGUCACUGUGUUGAUUAAGAUUAUUGGUUGCAUUAUAGAUGGGGAAAUAACUUCGGUGAUGGGCAUUUGAUGCGAUACAAAAUGAGAUGCGACCUGACUUCAGAAUUUGACAAAUCUUUACAGUGUAGCGAUUUGUGAAGAUAGUUUGAUGGAAAUUUAUUAGACUAUUCAGUAUGUAGCCAUUUAUAAUAGCAGUGCAAUUGCCUAAUGUAUUUUGUGAUUAGGAAAUAUAUGAAUAUAUAUAUUUGAUUAGGUAUGCAAUAUAUAUAUUCUGAUGAUCAAGAUCAAAUUCGAAUCGUUAAAAUUCAUCGAAGCAUUCAACGAUUGUUUUCAAAGAU